GAGGCCUAAUAAAAAUCAAUAAACAAUACAAAAGCAAAGCCGUAAACAAAUAACAACAACAACAACAACAACCAAAUGCAACAAAAAGUGAACAAAUUGAAGAGAUUUACCAAUUAGUAAGCGUAAAAUAAUUCAAAGAGCAGAGGAAACCACAGGAUAUUGGACGAGAAGAAUACGACAAUGUCCGAGCACGGCGACAACAACGGUGGCGAUCCGUCACAGCAGGCGGGGGCCGGGGCGGAGGGGUGCGAGGCCAUGGGCGAGAAUAAAAUGAAAUCGCGCCUGCGCAAGGGAGCCCUGAAGAAGAAGAAUGUCUUCAAUGUGAAGGAUCACUGCUUCAUCGCGAGGUUCUUCAAGCAGCCCACCUUUUGCUCCCACUGCAAGGACUUUAUCUGCGGUUAUCAAUCGGGAUAUGCCUGGAUGGGAUUCGGGAAGCAAGGAUUCCAGUGCCAAGUUUGCUCCUAUGUGGUGCACAAGCGAUGCCAUGAAUAUGUCACCUUCAUAUGCCCCGGCAAGGAUAAGGGCAUCGAUUCGGCACACCAAAUGCCCCACAAAUGGCAGAACGUCACCUUUCUGUCGCCGAUGUUCUGCGACCAUUGCGGCUCUCUGCUGCACGGCAUCACGCACAAGGGUCUCAAGUGUCGAGCAUGUGACAUGAACGUGCAUGCACGCUGCAAGGAGAACGUGCCAAGCCUUUGCGGAUGCGAUCACACGGAGCGACGUGGACGCAUUAAUCUCGUGAUCAAUGUCAAGGAGAACCUCCUCACUGUCCAGAUCAUUGAGGGCCGAAAUCUCAUACCCAUGGAUCCCAACGGACUCAGCGAUCCCUAUGUGAAGGUGAAGCUCAUACCGGACGACAAGGAUCAGAACAAGAAGAAGACGCGCACCAUCAAGGCGUGCCUGAAUCCCGUCUGGAACGAGACAAUCACCUAUGACCUGAAGCCCGAGGACAAGGACCGGCGCAUCCUCAUCGAGGUUUGGGACUGGGAUCGCACUUCGCGCAAUGACUUUAUGGGCGCUUUGUCCUUUGGCAUCUCGGAGAUUAUCAAGAGCCCCACCAACGGCUGGUUCAAGCUGCUCACCCAGGACGAGGGCGAGUACUACAAUGUGCCCUGUGCCGAUGACGAGCAGGAUCUGCUCAAGCUCAAGCAGAAGCCAUCGCAGAAGAAGCCACUGGUGAUGCGCAGCGACACGAACACGCACUCCUCCAUAUCCAAGAAGGACAUGAUCCGGGCCACGGACUUUAACUUUAUCAAGGUUCUGGGCAAGGGAUCCUUUGGCAAGGUUCUGCUGGCUGAGCGCAAGGGCAGCGAGGAGCUGUACGCCAUCAAGAUACUCAAGAAGGAUGUGAUUAUUCAGGACGACGAUGUCGAGUGCACCAUGAUCGAGAAGCGUGUGCUGGCGCUGGGUGAGAAGCCACCGUUUCUGGUGCAGUUGCAUUCCUGCUUUCAGACCCUGGAUCGCUUGUUCUUUGUCAUGGAGUAUGUGAAUGGCGGCGAUCUGAUGUUCCAGAUCCAACAGUUUGGCAAAUUCAAGGAGCCAGUCGCAGUUUUUUAUGCAGCGGAAAUCGCCGCUGGACUUUUCUUCCUUCACACCAAGGGCAUACUGUAUCGCGAUCUGAAGCUGGACAAUGUCCUACUCGAUGCGGAUGGACACGUGAAGAUUGCCGACUUUGGCAUGUGCAAGGAGAACAUUAUGGGCGAGAAGACGACCAAGACUUUCUGCGGUACACCGGACUACAUAGCCCCCGAGAUUAUUCUGUAUCAGCCUUAUGGCAAAUCUGUGGACUGGUGGGCCUAUGGUGUGCUGCUCUACGAGAUGCUGGUGGGUCAGCCGCCCUUCGAUGGCGAGGAUGAGGAGGAACUUUUUGCGGCCAUCACCGAUCACAAUGUGUCCUAUCCGAAGAGUCUCAGCAAGGAGGCCAAAGAGGCCUGCAAGGGUUUUCUCACCAAACUACCCAACAAACGGCUGGGCUGUGGUCCCACUGGCGAGGAGGAUGUGCGUUUGCAUGCCUUUUUCCGGCGCAUCGAUUGGGAGAAGAUUGAGAACCGUGAGGUGCAGCCACCGUUUAAGCCAAAGAUUAAACACCGCAAGGAUGUGUCCAACUUUGACAAGCAGUUCACAUCAGAGAAAACAGACUUGACGCCCACGGAUAAGGUGUUCAUGAUGAACCUGGAUCAGUCGGAAUUUGUUGGCUUCUCCUACGUGAAUCCCGAAUACGUAGUUCUACCAUAAAUCCCUCUUCUGAUCAGUGAUAAGUCCCCCCAUCUGCGCGUUGUGCCCCCUUAAAUCUCUUUUUGAUAUUCGAUAUUAACAGCAAAAAGACACUUUGUUAUAUUUAUAUGUAAAUCAUUUAUAGUUCAUAGCGAGCCAUUUUAGUCUGUGUUAAGUUUAUCGUUUCUGUUUUCGUCUGUUAUUUAUGUGUAUAUUCAAAAGAUUGUUAUGUUUUAAUUGUCUGACAGACAGACAGACGGACAGACAGAUCUGCAAGCGAAUAUUGUUCAACAUCUCAAGCCUCAUCUGAAAGCAAUAUAAACCAAUCUCUCUCACUCACUCUCGUUCUGUGUGGCAUUCUAGUGAUCCGAUCUAUCGAUUCUGUUCAAAUUUCCAUUAACUUUUCGACGCUUUAAAUGUUUAAACUUGAAAUAUUCCAAUUGAAAUGAAAGUUCACUCUUUUUCGGAGCAAAAACAUCUAAGUGUUGUUGUUGUAGGCAAACAUCUGAGUGUUUUUUCGUAGCAAAUUAAUCGAUUUUAAUACACAUAUAAAAUACAAUUGGAAGGAGUUUGGAGUUGGGUAAGGUCUGGUUCAAACGUCAUUCGAUUGUAGUGUUUGCCCCGGCAUUACGAUCGAAUUGACAAAAGGAAAAGGAAUAUAAAACAAUUACAUAGAGGAAAUAUCAUAGGGAAAAGCAAAGAAAGCGACACAGCAAUGUUUAAGCAGAGAAAUAUCAUAGAAAGUGUAAUUUUUGAUCUAUCUUAAUACAUAAAUGUGCGUGUAAAUUCGAUUAUCUUUUAUUUUGAUUUAACAACUUAAAGCAACAAAGAAGAAAAACCAUUUUUAAGGUAUAUAUAGCGCGUCUAUAUAUACAGCUGGCAUAGAGUCUCAAUGUACCAUAAUUAACAAAUUGCAUAGCAAUAAGUUAAGCUUAGAAGAUACUUACAACUGUAAAACUGUAAAACUGUAAAGCUAUGUAACUUUAAAACUGUAAACUGUAAAACUGUAAAUCUGUUAUACCUUUUGCUCCCCAAAGAACAGCGGAGAACGACUUCGUUUGGAGUUUGUUUUCACGUUGGAAACAUUUAGUACCUACGACACAUGAAACUAGUUGCUAACUAUGGAUUAAAGACAAUCUACUUUAAGCAUUGUGACAUAGUAUUCGUACUCGUAUGUGACAUACAAACCCCCCCCCCAACUAUCGUAUAUCGUAUCGCUAUCAUUAAGGUACAUGAUUAUUUCCAUGAUUAGCGACAGCUGAGCUAAGCUUUUGUGUGCCUCUCGUAGCUACCGUAACUUUCUCUCAUAGCAGAAUUCUGGCCACAAGAGGCUACAACUAUUGAUAGACAGAAACUAUUAGGAGCAAACCAAACUAAGGGGAGAAUUUGUAGCCAAGCUAACAAGGCUACAGAAGGGAAAGUUAAGUGAAGAGAAUUACAUGAUAAUUAACGUUGUAAUGGAGCUUAAAAGUGUUUUAAAUCACACACACACACACACACACACACACAGAUAGAUAACAACAUUUAAGUAUCCACGAAAGAUAUAUAAAAUAUUUAUAUAAAUUGUAAAAUUGUAUAACUCCGAACUUGAAGCAUUUAAACGUUUUCUUUAGCUCUCAAAAACUCUGAUAUCAAAACGUAAGCUAGGAGAAA